AUUUUUCCCUUCAUAUUCCCCUCUCUAUCAUUGAGCGUUUCUUGGCAAGAUCUGAUUUUCCUUCCCUUCUCCUUUAGAAAAGCCAGACGGAGACAGACAAACUCUCAGCCGGACUCGAAUCAGGGGCAAUUUGUUCUGCAACUCCAGUCCCUCUCCCCUCCCUUUUCUUUUCUGAGUGAGAAAAUCACUGAAAAUGGGACCACUGCUUUGAACACUAAAGCAAUAGAAGCUCCUUCAGAUCUGAAACUUCUCUUCCAUUCCAGGGGGUGAGGCAGAGGAAUGAUAAGGAGAUGGGAAAGAAAGAAACUUGGUUUACUUCUGUAAAGAAAGCUCUCAGUCCAGAUCCCAAAGAGAAGAAAGUUCAGAACUCUAAGAAGUCAAAGAAGAAAUGGUUUGGAAAGCAAAAGCAUCCCAAUCCAGAUUCAGCCUCUUUAGAGGCGGUGGCAUUGCCGUCACCUCCACAGCCGGAACAGGCGAAUAUAAACCAUUCGGAGAGCGAAGAUAACGAUGAGCCUAGCUCCAUUGAAGUUGCUGCUACAACAGAAGUGACUUCUGCAGCAACUCAGGCUAGUGUUUUUGCCAAUGAGGCAAGUGGUUCUACUAUUGAGCCAAGUGCUGCUACUCCUUUUGCUGCUACCGAAGUCGUGCAUCAUGCUACGGAAAUUCAAUAUUUCGGCCCACCUAAGGAGGAAGUGGCUGCAAUCAAGAUCCAAACCGUGUUCCGUGGAUACUUGGCAAGAAGGGCGUUACGGGCUCUACGAGGGUUGGUGAGGCUAAAAUCACUGAUGGAGAGUUCUACAGUGAAACGCCAAGCCUCAAAUACCCUUCGUUGCAUGCAGACUCUUGCUCGGGUUCAAUCUCAGAUCCAUUUUAGGAGGGUCAGGAUGUUGGAGGAGAAUCAGGCCCUCCAGAAACAACUCCUUCAAAAGCAUGCCAAAGAGCUUGAGAGCUUGCGGAUUGGAGAGGAAUGGGAUGACAGUUUACAAUCAAAAGAGCAGAUUGAAGCUGGCCUACUGAGCAAAUAUGAGGCUGCAAUGAGAAGGGAGAGAGCCCUGGCAUAUGCCUUCACUCAUCAGCAAACUUGGAAGAAUUCAGCAAGAUCUGUAAACCCUGCAUUCAUGGAUCCAAGUAAUCCCACCUGGGGUUGGAGCUGGUCAGAGCGAUGGAGCGGAGCUCGGGUGCACGAUGCUCCUGACCCGACAGGAAAAGAGACGAUUAACAGCCAUUCUGGCAAGAAGAUGGCAAGCCGUGGCAUUGUUGGAGAAAUCAGCAAAUCAUUCGCCCGCUUUCAGUUGAACUCGGAGAUGGAUUCCCCAACAGGCAGCCAGAAGACAAGUCACUCUGCUUUCCAGCCCUCCUCAACUCCUUCCAAGCCAGCUCCAUCUCCUGCAAUAAAAAAACUGAAGCCCCCAAGCCCAAGAAUCCUCUCAAUUCACGAUGACGACUCGAAAAGUGUCGUCAGCGUACAGUCUGAAAGAUUACGAAGGCAUAGCACAGGAGGAUCUUCAGUGAGGGAUGACGAAAGCGUGACUACCGCUACUGCUGUCCGAAGUUACAUGACACCUACUGAAUCAGCAAGAGCAAAAUCCAGGUUGCAGAGUCCAUUGGGGGCAGAGAAGAAUGAAACACCAGAGAAAGGAUCUUCUUCUUCAGCAAUGGCAAAGAAACGACUCUCUUACCCUCCUUCACCGGCCAGGCCGAGACGUCAUUCAGGUCCGCCCAAGAUUGAAGCCGACCUCGAUGCAGGAAAGAGCAUCAGCAAUGUUGUUGGUGGCUAAAAGUUUACCAAACAUGGUUGGAAUUUGCAGUAACAUGGAACUGCUGGAAGAAGAUUUGUUAAAUUUGUUAACCUUAUAAUUAAAUUUUUUUUUCCACACACAACCUAUGAUUCGAAGUGAUUUCAUGAAAUGGUAUUUAUUCAUUUUAGAAGUGUUUAAAUAUGUUGUGGGCAAUGUGUUAAAUUCUUGAGUUUGAUACUGAGAAAACCAGAGGACAGAGCAGGACAUGUGGGUCACUGCUAUUUUCUUCUUCCAUUGUGAUUAUUUUCUCCACAAACUAUUGUAUUAUUAUUAUUUAUCCAUUUCUUCAUUACUGAAA